AUGGGUGAAGAGUUUAGGAGAAGCCUUCAGGAAUAUCAAUAAAGAAAUGAAGAAGAAUAAGUAGAAUAGAGACCAUUAAAGGGAUAUAAAAAUUAGAAUCUAAGGUCUUAAUAAACAUUUUAAGUUUAUUAACAACAAUAGAUUCCAUAUGAUAAAAAUAAUUCAGAUAUAAUAAAACAAUAAAACUACUAGCAUUAAUAAAUUUAAGAUAAUAAUUUUGAAAAGUUUCCAUAACAAUAGAAUAUAUAAAGUUCUGUUUAUACAAAUAGGCAUUAAAAUUAUCGCAGAGAUGAAAAGUAAAUGUUAAAAUUGUAAGAUUAUUAACAAUAAUUUAAUAAAAUAAACUAUAGAAAUUAAAUUCCUUAGCAAUAAAAUAUUUGUUAUUAAUUCCAAACUUAAUUUUUAAGAGCUAAUAAUUAUUACAACAUUCAAGAGUUAAGGGCAAAUUUUAAAACUUUAGAAUAGUUAAAUAACAAUCAUUUUCCUCCUUAAAAUUCUUUUUUUGUAUUAAUAAGACCUAAAAAUGGGUUUUAGAAUAUUCAUAAAGCCAUUAAAUAUGGAAUUUGGUGUUCUACUCCUGCUGUUAAUAAAGAAUUAUCAGAACUAUACUCACAUACGGCUUCUGUUUAUUUAAUAUUCUUUCCUCUAGGAUAAUCAUCAAAGCUUAUAGGUAUAGCGUAAAUGACAAGUGAUUUUGAUCCUGAAUAAUCAUAUAAAUUUUGGGAUCAUGAAGGAAUAUAUAAAGGUUCAUUCUAAUUGAUUUGGCAUUAUAUUAAAAAUGUAGAUCCAAAUUGUAUAGAGGAAUUAUCAUAUUAAUAUAAUAUUCGAGAUGAAGUUAAAUAUUGUAAAAUAGAUCAAUUUAGAGAUGGAACUAUCAUUUAAUAGGAUGAAGCAUUAAAAAUAUUUGAAAUCUUUAAUCAAGCAUCUGAUAAUUCUUCAGUAUUCGAACUUUUCAAUGCAUUAGAUAUACAAGAAGUACAAAUUGUUUUUAUUUUAAGGAUUAAAAAAGAAACAAUGUUUUUAAAAAUUAAGAAAAGGUGGAAGAUUUAUAGAAAUAAAAAAAACUUAACAAAAAAUAUUAAUAUUGA